AACCGCCAUAAAACGUUAAAAGAAGAAGAACAGCACAAGAGUAUAAAUAUUGCUUUUUCUAGUUCAGUGCAAUAAUCUGACGUACACCACUGAAAUACACAGAAAUGUCUCUGGUCAAGCAGAAUUUUCACCAGAAUAAUGAAGCGAACAUCAACAAACUGAUCAACCUCAAACUGAUGGCCUCAUAUGUCUUUCAGUCUCUGGGUAUGUAUUUUGACCGGGAUGAUGUGGCUCUGCCCAACUUCUCAAAGUUUUCCCUGGAGCGUUCGAAGAAGGAAAGGGAGCAGGCGGAGCUCCUGCUUAAGUACCAGAACACAAGAGGUGGUCGAAUCCUCCUCCAGACAAUUGCAAAGCCCAGUCGUGAUGAGUGGAAAGGAGGUCUGGAUGCCAUCACUUUCUCUCUGGAAUAUCAGAAAUCUCUUAACCGAUCCCUGCUGGAGAUCCAUCAAGCAGCUGGAGAAAACUCGGACCCUCAUCUCUGUGAUUUCCUAGAGGGCCACUUCUUGACUGACAGUCACGACACCAUUAAGAAGUUGGGUGACUACACCAGCACCCUGACUCGCAUCACCUCCUCUGACCCGCACGGCAUGGGAGAGUAUCUUUUUGACAAGCACACUCUUUGAAAAUGAGUUCAAUCAUUCCUGUAGUAACCUGUCAGUAUUUCAAUACCCUGCAGUGGCCUUGAUUUUACAUUUCAAUAAGACCCAUCUAAAUGUUUUUACAUCACACUUUGAAAUAUUCUAGUGUACGAAUAAGAGUGGAUCUACUGUGAAAUCUGUGCUAUUAUAAGGAAUGUACCCUUGUGUUUAAGCCAUAACUAAACCUCUGUUUACAGAAUUAUAAAGGUGCUAGUUUAAAACCAUAUCUUAUCAAACUCCAUCCCAUAAACCGGUAUAGUACAGCUCUGCAGUUAAAAUGUAUACCUCAGCCAUUAAGUUGUUACAAAUUGGGUAAUAACAUCCUCAAGCAUUCCAGAGUGAAGUUUUGUAUUUGUAAUUUUGGUGCACCACUCCUAAAUGUACCUUAAUCUUGAUUUUUAGUCAUGAUUUUUUGAAGAGCAGUUAUAACUUGUCUGACGACAAAAAGCUGAUUAAAAUAAAACA